AUGGGAAAAGAUGGGAAUGAUGGUUUCUUUCAUGUGGUAUUUGCAAUCAUAGAUAAUGAAACGGAUGCGAACUUGAUGUGGUUCUUGUCAAAGCUUGGAGAUACUAUAUACGAUGAUGACGAAUAUGUGAAACUUAUUACAUUUAUAUUUGAUAGGUCUAAGGGCCUUAUCAAUGGUGUUGCGAAGGUAUUCCCUUCCUCACUACAUGCAUAUUAUUUGCGCCACUUGGAAGCAAACUUCAUGAAAGCAAAUGUCAGACUUGAAUUCGAUGACGCUGUUGCCGAUAUGUUAAACACAUCGGCAGAUGCACAUCAAUGGUUGAUACAAAAAACCGAUCGGGCGCACUGGCAAACUACAUGUUCAAAGGUGAGAGAUGGAGGGAGACUCGAUAAGAUUGAGGAACUUGUUGAAGAGUCUCGCAACCUACUGGUCUGCCGUUCCGACGGUGACCAUUUUGAAGUGGUUGACCAGAAGAACUACUGCAUCAGUUUGAACGCUCGGACAUGCUCAUGUCGUAGGUGGCAGGUAUAUGGCAUUCCAUGCAAACAUGCUUAUGCGGCAAUACUACAGACAGACACAAAUAUUCAUCGAUAUGUCGAUGACUACUUCACAGUGGAUGCUUACCGACAAGCAUAUACAGAAGUCAUAUUCCCAGUACUAGAUAAUGACAAGCACAAGUAG